AAAAAGUGUCAGUUUCGUUUUUAUUCCCGACACCAGUGAGCGCGCACCUCAUGGAUAAGGUGAGCAGGCUGGAUGAUAAGUGAAGGUGCAGCCUUCCUCCUCCUCCUCCUCUUCCUCCUCUGCAGCCGCAGCAGCAUCAACAGCAGGACUUCCAGCUGGAGCUUCACGAUGGUCGCAGCGCACACUUCGUCUCAUCCGUCAGAAUCUGCCGACUGGAUAAUCUGUCUGGACAAGAGGAUGCUGUUACCAUAUGCACCCUGGGGACAGGCACAGCGUUUGGGGAGUCAAUCCUGGACAACACCCCCAGACAUGCUACCAUCAUCACUCGAGAAUUCAGCGAGCUCCUACGCAUCGGACAAAAGGAGUUCAGGUCUCUGUGGGAGAAAUACCAUCACUGCAUGGCAGGACUACUUGCUCCAUCAUAUGGCGUGAUGGAAAGCAGCCGUGGUUCUGACAGAAUGGCAGAAAAAGAAAACAUAACCAACAAUGUGUUUGUUUCAGUCUCCAAACACCCAAACAAGAAGUCUUUUCUUGAAAGUCCAGCCAGAGUUCAGCCUAAAUGCACAUCUCAGGUCCUUUCCGAGAAGAUCCUUGGUGCCGGAAAGAUUCUCCGUUACGCCAUCCUCUCCAGAGCGCCUCACGUGAUCCGAGACAGGAAGUACCAUCUGAAGACAUACAGGCGGUGUUGUGUGGGGACGGAGUUGGUUGACUGGCUGAUGCAGCAGAGCUCCUGGGUCCACUCUCGUAUUCAGGCUGUGGGCGUGUGGCAGGUGCUGCUGGAGGAAGGAGCUCUGAACCACGUGGACGGAGAGAUGAGUUUCCAGGACAAGUAUCUUUUCUAUCGCUUCCUGGAUGAUGAGCAGGAGGACGCUCCUGGCCGUGACGAUGAGGAGAGGAGGGAGAGCCAGGAGGAGCUGCAGGACACUCUGCUCUUUCUCUCGCAGAUUGGACCGGACGCACUCAUGAGGAUGAUUCUGAGGAAACCUCCCUCUGAAAGAACAGCCAAUGAGUUGGAGAUCAUUCAUGAAGAACUUCUUCACAUAAAGGCCUUAUCUCACCUAUCUACCACUGUAAAGAGAGAACUGGCUGGAGUUCUCAACUUUGAGUCCCACRCAAAGGCAGGAACUGUAUUAUUCAACCAGGGUGAGGAGGGCACAUCCUGGUACAUUAUUCUAAAAGGUUCGGUCAACGUUGUCAUCUAUGGGAAAGGCGUUGUCUGCACUCUGCAUGAGGGAGAUGACUUUGGGAAGUUGGCACUUGUCAACGAMGCUCCCCGUGCUGCCUCCAUCGUCCUGCGAGAGGACAACUGUCAUUUCCUAAGGGUGGACAAGGAGGACUUUAACAGGAUUUUAAGGGAUGUGGAGGCGAACACCGUYCGUCUGAAGGAACAUGGUCAAGAUGUUCUGGUGUUGGAGAAGAGUCGAAACUCCGUCCAAGGAUCCUCUGCAUCUCAUUACAAAUACAACAUCAUGGCUGGGACUCCCGAAAAGAUUUUGGAGCAUCUUCUUGAAAUGAUGCGACUGGAUUCUCAGUUCACAGAGUCAGACUCAGCCUUAGAUGAUUUUGUGCUCAUGCACUGUGUCUUCAUACCCAACAGUCAGCUGGGUCCAGUCUUGAGAGACCACUACCACGCUCGGGCCUCGCAGGGCUCUGAGCAGGAGCAGCUGGACUACACGCUGAACAACAAGCGCAGGGUGAUCCGCCUGGUGGUGAAAUGGGCCGCUGUGCAUGGAGAUCUCCUGCAGCAGGAGGACAGGGCCUUCCUGGAGGAAUUUCUCCUGAUGGUCUCUAGCGAUGUCAAAAUGCUUCCAGCCCUCAGGGAUCAACUUACAGAGUUGGAGAUCAUUUCAAAAAGCAAUGCAGAUGAUAGAUCCUCACAGAAAAAGCACAAAGUCCUUUUGCAACUGUGCAGUAUGGGGGACGAGAAGCAUCAAAAAUGUCAGCCCAUUAAAGGUGAUGAUGAAAUUCUGUUCAAAGUCCACUGCUGUGACCACACCUACACCACCAUCCGGGUCCCCGUGGCCGCCUCGGUCAGGGAGGUCAUCGACGCUGCGGCCGACAAGCUGGGGUCGGCAGAGGGUCUGAUCCUGGUCGGCCUCAGCUCAGCGGGAGAGAAAUCUAUCUUUAAGCCAAAUGAUGUGUCCGUCUUCUCCACACUCAGCACAAAUGGACGACUCUUUGUCUGCCAGAGGGACCAGCUGGAUUUGUUGACCCCUCUCCCUGAGCAGGAAGGUCCAUCCACAGGGUCCCUGACCWGUUUUGAGCUGAUGAGCUCCAAAGAUGUGGCGUACCACAUGACCUGCUAUGACUGGGAGCUUUUCCACUGUGUUCAUGAGCUCGAGCUCAUCUAUCACACGUUUGGAAGGCAAUACGUCAAGAAAACCACGGUGAACCUGGAUCUGUUCCUGAGGAGGUUUAAUGAAAUCCAGUUUUGGGUGAUAACAGAGAUGUGUCUGUGUCCUCAGCUGAACAAGAGAGUGCAGCUGCUGAAAAAGUUCAUCAAGAUCGCUGCUCACUGCAAAGACUACAAUAAUCUAAACACCUUCUUUGCUGUUAUUAUGGGCCUGAGUAACCCGGCAGUGAGCAGACUGAGUCAGACCUGGGAGAAACUGCCCAGCAAAUUCAAGAAGUUUUACGAGGAGUUUGAAAACUUAAUGGACCCAACCAGGAACCACCGGGCCUAUAGACUCACAGUCUCCAAACUGGACCCUCCCAUCAUUCCGUUCAUGCCACUGAUGAUAAAAGACAUGACAUUCACACACGAGGGAAACAAAACAUUUGUUGACAAUUUGGUCAAUUUUGAGAAAAUGCGGAUGAUCGCCAACACAGUGAAGGUAGUGAGACACUGCAGGAGUCAAACGUUCAAUCCAGACCCUCCACUGGCUGGGAAGCACCACCCUGACGUCUGGGCUUACGUUCGUCAUCUCAGUGUGAUCGACAACCAGAGGACGCUAACGCAGCUCUCUCAYGGACUCGAGCCUCGCAGGUCCUAACUGCCCACCCCUCAGGGUCGGACUUUUUUCACCCCAUCCUGCUGCUUUCCCACAACAUGACGUGCGCUUCACACUGACAUGAAUUUAGCCCAAUCCAGGCAAUCACAUGGAGGACCUAAUGAGGGAUCAGAUAAUGAGAUAUUGUUUCACCGACUUGUUAAGCCUUUUAUUACAGUAAUCUGUGAUUUUUCAACAACAGUAAUUGUUGUGGGAUGAAGUACCUCUCAUAUCGGUGUCAUGCGGGUAUCAUAUCAGCUGCAACUCAAACAGAAGAAGAAAAUAAGGAUCCCUGAGUGGUGGGAGUCUCAUUUUGUAGAUUAAUGUGUAAAAUCAAAGAUGUAAGCAGUGUGAUGAUUUAGAAAACACUUUAAAUUCCUGCUAUGCAUGUGUUUUGUAUCUUUUUUAUCAAACAAUAUUUGUACUGAUUCUAUUUAUUCUGACUUCAGCAUGGAGAUGUUUAAAAAUCAUAAGCACAUUUCUCCUUUAAAGKUUCAAAUAUAACAGUGUCUCCAGAAAUAUUUUAUAAAUAUUUGUGUACUGUCGUUACUCUCAUGCUCUGCUUUUCCAUUGUAUCACAAUGCUGUUAGCAUUUAUAGCAUGUCAACCUUUGUAACUUAACUUUUGUUAUGAACAGUUUGAAAGGGUGAAAUGUGUCCUUUUAUGAGAACCUGAGCAUAAAACAAGAACUUUCUUAACA